CACCUGGCGCGUCCCGCCCACCUCACCCACCUCAGCGCCGUGGCGCAGAAACAGCCCCAGGCCUCUACGGACGCGCGGACUACACCCACAAACAAAGACCACGUACGAGCUCUGCGGGCGUCCGAUCUCGCUGCCGUGGGAGUACUGGCUCUCGAACAGGAAAUGUAUGGGCGAGCUGCUGAAUGGUUUGCAGCCGCCCGCGAGGUCGCCCGCGAAGUCGCCCGCGACGCCAGCGACGAUAGUCACGCGUCAGGUGAAGAGCAGAUAGUGAAUAGUGAGAGACAGAUUCAACAGCUGAGUGUACUCUUGGACCUCGCUAUCAGUGUUCACGACCAUCAGCUGACGAAGGGAAACCAAGAAAGGAUGGGAAACUAUCCUCUGCCUCUCUACCAGACGCCGGCGGAGGUGCAGAAGGCCAGGUGGGAGGAGGAGGACGACGACGACGACGCGGUGCUGCAGCUGGAGGAGUCCGACAGUCUUCCCGCCACGACCACCGACCGCCGAGCCUCCGCCCGUCUCUGUCUUGGUCACACACUCAUGAGUGAGAGGGAGAGGAGCCGUCUGCGGUGUCGUGUGGAUGCUCGUGGCAGCUGGUGGCUGACGCUGAUGCCCGCUAAGGUGGAGGAGCACAGCCUCCAGCCUCUCAUCCUCUCCUUCCAUCACGUCUUAUCUCAGCGCCAGCUGGUCAUCCUCCGCCACCUGGCUAGACCGCUGCUGCAGGCGGCGAAGGUGCAGGGCUUCGAGGAGGACUUGACCUUCGCCUAUAGAUCAUCGUACCUCGCGUGGCUGCAUGGUGACGUCCACCCAGUCGUCCGCGCUGCCAACCGCAUGAUUGCUGCCUUAACUGUAAUAAUGUUGGUUACCGUGAGACAGUGGGAGGCAGAUGAGCCGGAUCAGAAGCUGAUGAAACAGUUCCCAAAUGGAGACCGCAUCGCUACCUUCAUGUUCUACAUGAAUGAGGUAGAAGAGGGCGGGAGGACGGUGUUCCCUCGUGUGGGCGUGGGCGUGGAGCCCGAGGCCGGCAGUGCAGUGUUCUGGUAUAACUUGUCGCCGACGGGGAAGGGCGACCACCGCACGCUGCACUCCGCCUGCCCCGUCCUCCGUGGCACCAAGUGGGUGAGCAACAAAUGGAUUAAAUACUAUCCACAGCUGCACCACAAGCCAUGUUUACCUCUGGUAAAGUAAAACGUAUCUUGUAUAAAGAAGACGGAGUCAAAGUUUACCCCUUGACAUUUUUAAUCAUUUUUAUAGUGGAAAUACAGUACUUAGUUUUGCAUUGGUUUGUUUAAAUACCAAUCUUUGGCAAAAUUGCUCACAGUAAUCACUGGGAUUUUUUUCUCGGACCAGGAUUAAAGAAAGUGAAAUAGGCAAGACUUGAGAUAUUAGCAAGAAUGAACAACAUAAAACAAGGAAGUCAACAAAAGUGUUUCGGAGUUGAUUGAUUGAUGAAUAAGCCACCCAAAAGGUGGCACGGGCAUGAAUAGCCCGUAAGUGGUGGUCCUUUGGAGCCAUUACCAGUAUCAAGAGCUGAUACUGGAGAUCUGUGGAGGUGCGACUGCACCCUGCGUGACGGGAGAUGUCUCCCGUGGUUGUUAGUCAGUAUGGAGGGAGUUCAUUUAAAAAUGGGUUAGACAUAAGACUUGCUACAUAGUGAACAAUUUAACAUGUAAACAAAACGUGAAUAUGUACUAACAUCAUUAAAUUUUUGUAAUUUAAAAUUUAAUGUUAUUUAUACAUGUUAGGAUUCAGGCCUCUUAAGAGAAACUAUUUUACAGUUUGGUCAAUGACAAAUUUCCCUUAGAAUACAUUAAUAACUUAACACCCAGUUUCCUAGUUAUUGCUGCACUCGUGUCCAUAGAGGCAAGCAAGAGAAAUUGUGUCAGAUCAAUCCCCCCCAUCUCUUUGAAAUAUGAAAUAGCCAAAGUAUUAUAUUUUUGUUGUGACUGCUAAUUUCACAAUGUCUGCAAGUGCUUAGUUUUAAAAUCAUUUGCCUUAUAAAAUUGUUCACUCAAUGUAUUUAAAUUUUCAAAAUGUUAGUUUUAAUUAUUUUGGAAAGGGUGCCGUCCCCAAAGAGCUUUCCCUUCCAAAAACAUGAAUCAAAAUAUAUCUUCAGACUA